AUGUCAACAAUAGACCCUAUGACUUUGGACACCGAGUUUGCGACUUCACCUACAGUGGCCGACCAGCCGGACGUGUGGCAGCUUCCACUAUCCACGCAUUUUCGAUACAAUCAAGAACUCAGCCAAGGGACGCCUGUUUUCGACGACAAUGAUCCCUUCUUCACCAGUUCGCCCGGCCUGGACAUGCAAAGGCCUCUGCCUGAGUUCGUGCAGCCUCAGGCCCUGUAUCCUCACGAUCUGGAGAGAUCGACUUCCCCUGCAAGUCAAGCUUCUCAGUCAAGAAGAACAAGUUCCAGAGACUCGACGACCAGCUCCGUUUCGCUGAGCCACCAGCAACUCCUCCGGCGCAUGUCCCUGGCCACAACAGACUUGAACGACAACUCUUACCGGCCCAGGAACACCCCGGCUCGGCGGAAGAAAAGCACGACCGGCCGCAUUGCUCCACGCUCGGAAAAGCACGCUCGAGAGCUGGAGCUGAACCGCAGAGCCGCGACCAAAUGCCGGAAUCGGCAAAAGGCGUUUGUCGAGCAGCUGCAGCAGCGGUGCCGCAAGGAGGAAGAGAAAAUGCAGAUGCAGACCUCGCUUGUCUCGGCGCUGCACGACGAGGUUGUUGCGUUGAGAAACGAGGUCUUGCGCCAAAGCUUUUGCGACUGCCACUUCUUGUCUGGCGCAUCGACAGCCAUGCUCUCGUGA